AUUUUCGAAAGAAAAUUGCAACAAAAAGAAAAUGUUCAAUAAAUGAAACAAGUAUGAAAAAUGAAAUGGAUUCGCUGUGACAUUAGGACAUUUUCAAAAUUGAAUGCUCACUCUGACGUUUGAUAUUGCAACGGACAUUUAUCUCGUGAAACAGAACAUUCUUUGUUUACUUUAUUAGCUGGAUCCAUUUAGUUGGAACAACAAGAGUCGAACAAAACAAAUACGAUUUCGUGAUUACCUUUUGCCAAAAUGAACAAUCAAGAUAUUGAAUUGCGUUUGCAGAAUAUAGUCAAUUCUGACAAAGUAGUCAGCAAGCAAUUGGCAUUCAGAACAAAACGCUUAUACAAAAAGUUGCACUUUUUAGCAAUUGCGAACAGCACAAUGUAUCAAACGAUGCAUGAACGAAAGACUCAACUCAUAAUGGCUGAAAAAGUAUUGAAUGAACACCGUGAAGUCAUAGCCUUCUUACGAGAAUCACAAGUAGAUCUUCAGAAUCAAAUUCAUCGAUUGAGGGAAAAGGUGACCGAUCUGAAAAAUCACACAAACAAAAGUGAAUCAAUCACACGAGAUGACCGAUAUGUUUACACGAAAAAUGCAUUCAAAAAAUGUAUGCUUGGCGAAUGCACAAAACUUCGAUUCCAUGAGAUCAGAACACAAAACCAUACUACUCUGAUGGGCUACGUCGCCACAGCUGACAAACUGCGUCCAUUUCAGGAGAAGAUAUCAGCAGAUUCAAAGCAAAUAGAUGAAACCACCACACUAUGGAACUACAUAAAACUGGGCAGUCCACAUCUAGAUGAGUGGAAUGAUUUAUUCUUCGAUGAAUAUGGGCAUCACACAUCAUUAUAGAUUAUAAGAAACCUUGCUAAAUUCAAGACGUUUUUUACCUUUCGAAUAUAUUUAGAUGAAGUAUUUUUGUUUAUUAAAUGCAAAAAUAAUUAUGAAAAGUAAGAAAAACGAA